UAAUUCUACAACAAACAACCUGAAACUACAAUCUUUUUGUUCUUUGGUUUCUCCGCUGGUUUGUCAUUAUUAUUUAAUGAUUCACCUCUCAAACCUUAAUUAGCCAAACACUAACUACCAAAAUCCUUCUUCUUGAUUCCUUCCUCAAUAUCUGGUACCUACUUGUAUGUGUGAGUUUUCAAACACUAUUUUCAAGUUACUAAGGUGCUCUUCUGGGAUUAUAAGAGCAACUUGGACAUGAGUGCUUACAUUGUUGGGGUCUUGGCUCCACUUUUACUCACUCUUGCCCUUCGAAACUCUAAAUCAAACGAAAAGAAGCGAGGUCUACUUGCUGAUGUUAGUGGGGAACCGGGGUAUGCAAUCAGAAACCAUCGGUUUACAUCUCCAGUUGAAACAGCAUGGGUAGGAAUCAAAACUCUUGCAGCUCUUUUUGAGAAUGCAUGCAAUCAGCAUGGUAACAAAAAUCUACUUGGAACGCGGAUAGUGAUUUCAAGAGAGAUGGAAGUAAACCAAGAUGGAAGGUCAUUUGAAAAGCUUCAUUUAGGUGAUUAUGAGUGGAAAAGCUAUGGUCAGGUGUUUCAAGCUGUUUGUAAUGUUGCAUCAGGCUUGGUCCAAGCUGGGCAUAAAACAGGAGAACGUGUUGCAAUCUUUGCGGAUACACGUGAAGAAUGGUUUAUUGCGCUGCAGGCUUGUUUUAGGCGAAAUGUCACUGUUGUGACCAUGUAUGCGUCGUUGGGAGAAGAAGCCAUUUGCCACUCAUUAAACGAGACAGAGGUUACUACUGUAAUUUGUGGAAACAAAGAGCUGAAGAAGCUUAUAGAUGUAAGUGGACAAAUAGAUACAGUUGAACGUGUAAUAUGCAUGGAUGACGAUUCCUUAUUGACCGAGGGAAGCACCAGCUGGAAAAUCUUUUCAUUUUCUGAAGUAGAACGACUUGGCAGUGAGAACCCUGUUGAGGCAGAUCUACCGCUCCCAGCUGAUGUGGCAGUGAUUAUGUAUACAAGUGGGAGUACGGGUUUGCCUAAGGGUGUAAUGAUGACACACAGCAAUGUUUUAGCGACAGUUUCUGCUGUCAUGACAAUUGUGCCUGCCCUUGGAGUCAACGAUGUCUAUUUAGCAUACUUACCACUGGCACAUAUUCUUGAACUUGCAGGCGAGAAUCUGAUUGCAGCUGUAGGAAGUUCUAUAGGUUAUGGAUCCCCAUUAACUCUUACAGAUACAUCAAGCAAAAUUAAGAGGGGUACAAAGGGGGAUGCGUCUAUUCUAAGGCCAACUUUAAUGCCGUGUGUUCCAGCUAUUCUUGAUCGUGUCCGAGAUGGUGUACGGAAAAAGGUGGAUGCAGCAGGUGGACUAUCAAAGGCUUUAUUUAAUUUAGCCUAUAAUCGCAGAUUGUCUGCUAUAAAUGGCAGUUGGUUUGGGGCAUGGGGCUUAGAAAAGCUUUUAUGGAGCUUUCUAGUAUUUAGAAAGAUCCGGGCUAUUUUAGGGGGUCGUAUGCGCUUCAUUUUGUCUGGGGGUGCCCCACUGUCUGCAGAUACUCAAAGAUUCAUCAACAUUUGUCUGGGUACUCCAAUAGGUCAAGGUUAUGGUCUUACUGAGACGUGUGCUGGUGGGACAUUUUCUGAGUAUGAUGAUACAUCUGUUGGUCGUGUUGGUGCACCCGUUCCUUGCUCCUAUAUCAAGUUAAUAGAUUGGCCUGAAGGUGGUUACUUAACCACUGAUUCACCUAUGCCUCGUGGAGAAAUAGUGAUUGGUGGGCCAAAUGUUACUCUAGGAUACUUUAAAAAUGACGAGAAGACAAAAGAAGUAUACAAGGUUGAUGAGAGGGGGUUGAGGUGGUUCUACACGGGUGAUGUUGGGCAGUUCCAUAAAGAUGGCUGUCUUGAGAUAGUCGACCGUAAAAAGGACAUUGUUAAACUUCAACAUGGAGAAUAUGUUUCUCUAGGAAAGGUUGAGGCAGCUCUAAGUGUUUGCCCUUAUGUUGAUAACAUCAUGGUGUAUGCCAAUUCAUUCCAUAGUUAUUGCGUCGCCCUUGUGGUCGCUACACAGUCUGCAGUGGAAUGUUGGGCUUUGCAGAAAGGUAUCGAGUUCAAGGACCUUGCAAGUUUGUGUGAAAUGGAAGAUACAGUGAAGGAAGUUUAUAGUUCCCUGCUAAAGGUUGCAAAAACAUCACGAUUGCAGAGGUUUGAGAUUCCUGCGAAAAUCAAGCUGCUUUCGGAACCAUGGACCCCUGAAUCCGGACUAGUAACUGCAGCACUAAAGCUUAAGAGAGACGUUGUCAGAAAGACAUUUUCAGAUGAUCUUGCUAAUUUCUACCUAUCUUGACUGAUGAUUGAACUUAGCGAUACACAACUAUAUCAAAUAGCCUGUUAAUGUACAAGUUUUGGUCUUUCCCCUAUCCUCCUCUUGGUUGUUACUGAUUUUGGUUAGUGUUUCUGUUUAGUUAUACUAAUUAUUAUCAAGUAAAAUGGAUAGUUGCAAUUGUUAAAAUAUUUUAUUUUGGCUUAAUAAGCUACGUUUAUUCAGCUUAUGCAAUUUUUAUUCUGAUGA